ACACCCACUGCCACUGUUAUGCUGAUUGAAAAGAACAAGAAAUGUGUUGGAUGUAAUCUGCUGUGACGCCACUAAUCCCAGCACUACAAAUCACAGGUCCCCUCCACCUCUGCUCCACACAGAGCCCUUCAACUCUUGCCAGCUACUUCACGUCUGCGUCAGGCUGUCCAAAGCUGAUUUGAAGAGCAGAAAGCAUGGCUGUAGUCAGUGGAACUUACCGUAUGGUGUCGGAGGAGGAGCAAGCUCUUAGGGCCAAGCUGGAACGUCUCACUGUCAAGGACCACGGGCCAGUGUUUGGACCAUGUGCCAACGUGCCAGAUCACACCAGGCAGAAGGCCAAGGAUGAGUUGAACGAGACAGAUGAGAAGAGGGUGUCUGCAGUGAAGGAGCUAAGAGGAAUCAUCAAGGAGAAGGCAGAUGCAGGAGAUGAUCUGGCCAAGGGGGUGCAGGACACCUUUGGGGAGAAACCAGACAGUUUGCUAGUUCGCUUCAUCCGUGCCAGAAAGUACGACGUGCCCAGAGCCUUUGAUCUUAUGAAGGGAUAUGUGCGCUUCAGGAAGGAUUAUCCCGAGCUGUUUGAGAAUCUGACUCCAGAGGCCGUACGCAGCACCAUCGAGGCCGGCUAUCCCGGCAUCCUGCACAGCAGAGACAAAUACGGCCGUGUGGUUCUGCUCUUCAACAUCGAAAACUGGGACUACGAGGAGAUCACUUUUGAUGAGAUUUUACGUGCCUAUUGUGUGAUCCUGGAGAAGCUCCUGGAGAAUGAGGAAACUCAGAUCAAUGGGUUCUGCAUCAUUGAAAACUUCAAAGGUUUCACCAUGCAGCAAGCAUCUGGAAUCAAACCAACUGAGCUCAAAAAGAUGGUUGACAUGUUGCAGGACUCUUUCCCUGCUCGUUUUAAAGCUGUGCACUUUAUCCAUCAGCCCUGGUACUUCACCACCACCUACAACGUGGUCAAACCACUCAUGAAGAGCAAGCUGCUAGAACGAGUGUUCGUCCAUGGAGAUGAGCUGGAAAACUAUUACAAGGAGUUUGACGCCGACAUCCUUCCCUCUGAGUUUGACGGGAAAGGCUCCAAGUAUGAUGGCAAGGCAACAGCUGCCAAGCUGUUUGACUAAACAUCCUCAGAGAAGGCUGAGAGCCUUUAUGUAUUAAAAACCCCUAUAGACUGUGGAGAAUCAAAGUCCAAUAUAACUAUGUGGUUGUAGGAACAGAUGUUUUGAAAGGCAUGAGAGAAGUAAAAAAAAAAAAAAAGAUAUUUUCUGGUGGUUCCAAUAAAGCACAGACAUACAGGAGUAAGAUCAUUUAAGAUUUGUUAUCAGCAUUUCACUCUGCUGUGCAUCACGUACUAUAUAAGCCCUUCAGCAGACACUUUACAACUUACGUUUCUUAUUUCUAACAUCAAUUACCAUUUAAAAAUCUUAAGGUCCAGACCACAGUAGUCCAAAUCCAGUCCUCGAGGUUAAAUGCCAUGCAGCUUUUCAAUGCAUCCCUGCUUCAUCUGGCUCAAAUGAUCUGGUUAUUAACAGGCUGUUGAGGAGAUCUAUUUAAUUUGAAUCAUGUGUGUAACAUGACAACUAAAACAGGAGGACAGCGGCCCACGAGGACUCAGUUUAGACAACCUUGGUUUAAGAAUCAAAGCUGCAGACACUUCAUGUACUUACUGACUGUUUUUUAAAUAGGUUUUUAGACUGGUUUCACCAAAGGUAUCACCCAAGAAGCCAAUGAUUUACCUUUAUACCAAUAUAGUAUAGAAAUCCCUCCUUAGUCUUAAAUCUAGUCUAAACAAAUGGUCAUUUGUCACUGUGAACAUUUUGGUCCUCUACUUUUUUUUUAUGCACAAUGAAAAUGUUCAGACCAGAAAAACAAAAGAAAAUUGCAUUAUUUAACUCACUGAUCUGAAAAUGAACCGAGCUUCCUGAAAAGCUUCCAGCUGAGAAGAGUUUGCACAAAGUGUGCUCAUAAAUGAGUUACUGUGAAAUAACUUAAUAAAAAGUUCAGAUAUCUGAAUGUUCACUGUGGUGAUUUAUCUUAAGCAGCUUUCAAGAUUUUGC